UUCGUCAGGUCUGGGAUCCAGACUAAGCCGUUUCUAUGAACAACGUGACGCUGCAACAAAAUCUUAACAGACUAGAGAUGUCGUGUGAAAACGGAAGAAAGAGCAUUAUGUAACACAUUUAGUAAGUUAAUCAAGCUUAUCACUUCCUCCGUACUAAUGAGCCCCGGUGGCGUCAGACGUGAACUCAUCACAUGCAGAAGCACGCGGAAGGAAACAUGGCCAAAUACUUCACUUGAGUUAAAAUUAGAUAACAAGGGCUGGCCAACAAUUGAACUUUGAACAUGCUGAACUGACAUCUGCUCGUGAGAAGUAAAACUGAGAGUGUGCAGAGCGUUGGCAUUGUAUCUCCAGUUUGUAUUGGUCAUCAUGGGGGUUGGACAGCGCAGGGGUCGGCCGGCUCGUCGCCACCGCCGCCGGCAUAAUCACCAUCACCAUCGUACCCAACAGUUUGGUCUACCAUGGUCUACCAGAGGCAGUGGUAGUGAUGCAAGACCACCCAUGCCACCUAGACUGCGGGCCCAAUUGUGGUCGGGCAUCAUAGUCAUCAUUUUUGGCAUGGUAACAGGGGUGAGCUUCCUCUGGUUUAGCAGCUCCGGCGGAUUGAACGUCAUUGCUUGGGCCGUUUGCCCCGUGAUCGGCUGUUCGAUGAUUUUCAUUGGGAUUUUCAGAAUUGUCAGAGCUUGUCAGAUGCGUAACCAAUUGGAGCUUGGAACGUCUCCAGGUGGGGAGAAUGAUAACGUAACAGCCAUCAACAUGGGUUCCCGGGUUCAAGUGGGACAGCAAGCAGGAGGUACAGUGUGGGCGACAGGCCAAAGCGGGGCGGCUGUUUUGCCUCAACAGGCCUAUGGAGCUGCAGGCGGGCAAAUGGGUUACCCAAGUGGACCGCAGACCAACGUAGGACAAGUACCUCCCCCCACUGGGCUACAGACCAACGCAGGACAAAUGGGUUACCCAAGUGGGCCACAGACCAAAGCAGAACAAGAGGCUCACCCCACUGGGCUACAGAUCAACACAGGACAUCCUGGACAAAUGGGUUACUCAUCUGGGCUACAAACCAACGCAGGACAAGUGGGUUACCCAACUGGGCUACAGACCAACGCAGGACAAGUGGGUUACCCAACUGGGCUACAGACCAACGCAGGACAAGUGGGAUACCCAACUGGGCUACAGACCAAUGCUAGACACGAUGGUUUUCCCACCGUGCCUCAGCCUCAAGCUGCUCAGCCCCGGUUCUUUCAGGUGCAACCAUCUGUCCAGCCAACAGAUCAUAUAUACCCGUAUGCACCAGAGAGCAGCGACGCACCACCUCCAUCAUACGAUGAAGCUGUACAAAUCGGAUCUGUUCCAUCUGACAAAUGAUUUUUGAAACACCAAAGUCAAAUUUCCGCAAUACCUCAGCCAAAAAUGCCAGGGUAAGACAACAGGGUGACAUAUUAUGUGCUUUUUAAAUUAAAAAAAAAUGUUUAACAAUGUUCAAAUUUCAUAUAAAAGGCGGUCUCUGGUCAGCAUGCGUGUCGGUUUUGAUCAUGAGCGUUCAAUUUUUUUUUCAAAUUUUCUGCGGUAGCUACGACAGCACCCUCUAUUGUCGCACUGCCUCAAACGUUCGUAUCAAGGAGCACCAAGGAAUAGGGAAGGGCACCAAAAAGCAAAAUAGUACCCACCUUGACUGUACAAUCCAAGCUU